AUGGCUGAAGCGCGGAGGGAAAGCACGAGCAGCCUGCAGAGGAAGAAGCCUCCAUGGCUCCGGCUGGACAUCCCCACGGCGCAGAUGUCACUGGACGAGCCCCCCACUUUUGUCCAGCCCAUGAAGAGACAGGGCUUCCUCCGCAGCGUCAGCAUGCCUGUGGAGACGGUGCACCUGCAGUCUCCGCCGCGAGACUUCGACAGCAGGCGACCCGUGCUGCAGCGCCAGUCCUCCAUCACCCAGACAAUAAAGAGCAGCAGGAGAGUGCACUUUGAGCGGAUUAACACGGUCCCCAUAAAGGGCCAGCGAGCUCUGCGCCGCAGCGUCCGGAAGCACCACUCUCUGUCCCGAACACUGCUCAGGGGCACGGCGGACUGGUUUGGGGUGAGUAAAGAUGGCGACGCGACGCAGAAGUGGCAGAGGAAAAGCCUCCGUCACUGCAGCCUCAGAUAUGGGAAGCUGAAGCCGCAGGUGAUCCGCGAGAUGGACCUCCCGAGUCAAGACAACAUCUCGCUAACCAGCACUGAGACUCCGCCCCCUCUCUACGUCCCCUCCUCUCAACAUGGGAUGCAGAAGAUUGUGGACCCUCUGGCUCGGGGCAGAGCGUUCCGGAUGGUGGAGGAGGUGGAUGGGUACAGUGUUCCGCAGACCCCCAUCACCCCCGGAGCCGCCUCCCUCUGCUCCUUCACCAGCUCUCGCUCCGGACUCAACCGGCUCCCGCGCAGACGCAAGAGGGAGAGCGUGGCCAAGAUGAGCUUCAGGGCCGCGGCGGCACUGGUCAAAGGACGGUCAUUCCGAGAAAGCACGCUGCGCAGGGCCCAUCGCCGCAGCUUCACUCCGGCCAGCUUCAUGGAGGAGGACGUGAUGGACUUUGGAGAUGAACUGGACACGUCCUUUUUUGCCAGAGACAUCAUGAUGCAGGAGGAGAUGUCCACGUACGCAGAUGAGGUGUUCGAGUCUCUGUCUGAAGCCGCCGUGAAGGACACAGAACCCAGCAGCAAGAAGGACGAGGCCGAGCUGACGGGCAGCGCUCUGGACAAGUCUGAGCUGGAGCGAAGUCACCUCAUGCUGCCGUUGGAGCGAGGAUGGAGGAAAGCCAAAGAGGGGACCCCCGCCCCCCCGAAGGUGCCUCUGCGUCAGGAGGUCAUCAGUAACUACGGGCAACGGCGGGGACAGCGGAUCGGACUUCCUGUGAAGAAACUGUUUGCGCGAGAGAAGCGGCCGUACGGACUCGGGAUGGUGGGAAAACUCACCAACCGGACGUACCGCAAACGCAUUGACAGCUACGUCAAGAGGCAGAUCGAAGACAUGGACGACCACAGGCCUUUUUUCACUUACUGGAUCACCUCGGUCCAUUUACUCAUCACUAUUUUGGCUGUUUGCAUCUAUGGUUUUGCACCUGUGGGUUUUUCUCAGCAUGAGACUGUUGAUUCUGUUUUAAGAAACAAAGGUGUUUAUGAAAAUGUCAAGUUUGUGCAGCAGGAGAACUUUUGGAUUGGGCCGAGUUCAGAAGCCCUAAUCCACUUGGGGGCCAAAUACUCUCCAUGCAUGCGGCAGGAUAAGCAGGUGCACGAUCUUAUCAGGGAAAAGAGAGCUAUAGAACGCAACUCCGCCUGCUGCGUACGCAACGACCGCUCCGGCUGCGUCCAGACCACGGAGGAGGAGUGCUCGAGUACGCUCGCAGUGUGGGUGAAGUGGCCUAAGCAUUCCAGCACUCCACUAUUAAACGGGAAAGACAGGCAGCAUGGCUCAGUCUGCCACCAGGAUCCAAGGACAUGUCUUGAACCUGCUUCUGUUUCGCCGCACGAAUGGCCAGACGACAUCACCAAAUGGCCAAUUUGCACCAGGUACAAUACAGGGAACCACACCAACCUGCCUCACAUCGACUGCACCAUCACGGGGCGCCCCUGCUGCAUCGGAACCAAAGGAAGGUGUGAAAUCACAUCUCGAGAAUAUUGUGACUUUAUGAAUGGCUACUUUCACGAAGAAGCCACUCUCUGCUCUCAAGUGCACUGUAUGGAUGAUGUCUGUGGGCUGCUCCCAUUCCUCAACCCUGAAAUCCCAGAUCAAUUUUAUAGACUGUGGCUCUCACUUUUCCUGCAUGCCGGGAUCCUUCACUGUCUGGUGUCCGUGGCGUUCCAAAUGACCAUAUUACGAGACCUGGAGAAACUGGCCGGGUGGCUGCGAAUAUCAAUCAUCUACAUCCUUAGUGGCAUCACCGGCAAUUUGGCUUCAGCCAUUUUUCUACCGUACAGAGCAGAGGUUGGUCCGGCUGGUUCUCAGUUUGGGAUCUUGGCCUGCCUUUUUGUGGAGUUAUUUCAGAGUUGGCAAAUCCUGGCCCAGCCGUGGAGAGCCUUCACCAAGCUGCUGUGCGUGGUCCUCUUCCUCUUCGCCUUCGGCCUGCUGCCCUGGAUCGACAACUUCGCCCACAUCUGCGGCUUCAUCUCGGGCUUCUUCCUGUCCUUCGCCUUCCUGCCCUACAUCAGUUUCGGGCGGAUGGACCUGUACCGAAAGCGCUGUCAGAUUAUCGUGUUCCUGCUGGUGUUUUUCGGGCUGUUCUCCGGCCUCGUGGUGCUAUUCUACGUCUAUCCCAUCAAGUGCGACUGGUGCGAGUUGAUUACGUGCAUCCCCUUCACGGACAAGUUCUGCGAGAAAUACGAUCUGAACGCCCAUCUCCACUGA